CAGUUAUUGCAAACCGGGCUGGAACUGCUGGAAUAACUCCUAUGCUAGGGGCAGCACGCACGAGCCCACAUUCGCACCUCGAAUGUAAGUGGUUUGGUUUUCGCUUUGAGCUCCACGUAUUUUGAGGUGGUAAGAGUUUUGGUGAGGCACGGUGCUUUCAUGUUGAACGAGCCCAUUCGAAAAUCCCAGUUUUCUGCGAGCGGCGCAUAAAUCCGAUCUAUUCCUCGCCCUCAGCCUCCAAAUCUCAAUCCGUUUCCGAAGGGAGAAGCGCCGCUGCUGCCGGAUUGCUUCUUCUCGUCUGGUCGCUCGAAGCAUUGCAGAUGGAGGAACAGCAUUCUCAUGGGCCUCAUAUUAUUGAAGUAGACAUGGAUGUACCUCCUGGGGUUUCUGGCUUUGGUGGAAACAAGAUUUGUGAAGGUGUUUCUUGUGAUUUAAACAGCUCAAAAGAUGCCAAUGAAAGAACUGCAGCUAUCAGGAAGCUUAUAAUCGCCAUCAUCCUUUGCAUUGUAUUUAUGAGUGUAGAGGUGGUUGGAGGAAUUGCAGCAAACAGUCUUGCUAUCUUAACUGAUGCCGCUCAUCUUCUGUCAGAUGUUGCUGCUUUUGCUAUCUCAUUAUUCUCUAUAUGGGCAUCUGGCUGGGAGGCAACACCACAACAGUCAUACGGGUUUUUUCGCUUAGAGAUCCUCGGGGCUCUGGUCUCCAUUCAGAUGAUAUGGCUUCUUGCUGGCAUACUGGUUUUUGAAGCUAUUUCUAGAAUUAUAUACGACAACGGUGAGGUCCAAGGCAAAUUGAUGUUUGCUGUUGCAGCAUUUGGCUUGCUGGUCAACAUUUUGAUGGCUGUGAUGCUCGGCCAUGAGCAUGGACAUGGUGGCCACAGCCAUGCCCACGGCGAACAUCAUCACGGACAUGAGGAGGCUGAUCACGAUCACUCUCAGCAUGGUGACCAUCAUGCUAAGCAUGAUCAUGGCCAUGGCAUUACUGUCACCUCCCACCAUCACCACACCAGCAAGGGGAAGCUGAAGGACGAGCAGGUUCCGCUAUUGAAGCAUUAUGAACAUUCUUCUGAGGAGAAAUCUAGCACAAGGAAGAAGCAACGCAACAUCAAUGUCCACAGCGCUUAUCUACAUGUUCUUGGAGAUUCCAUUCAGAGCAUUGGAGUCAUGAUCGGAGGCGGCAUCAUUUGGUACAAACCCGAGUGGAAGAUCAUUGAUCUGAUAUGCACUCUGAUCUUUUCUGUCGUCGUGCUGUUGACCACAAUCAAGAUGCUGAGGAACAUACUGGAGGUUCUCAUGGAGAGUACUCCACGAGAGAUAGAUGCAACCAAGUUGGAGAAAGGGCUCUGCGAGUUGAAUGGUGUUAUAGCCAUCCAUGAACUCCACAUAUGGGCCAUCACCGUCGGCAAGAUUCUCCUGGCAUGCCAUGUUACCAUCACUCGAGACUCUAAUGCUGAUGCUGUGCUCGAUCAGGUUAUAGGAUACAUCAGGAGGGAGUAUAACAUCAGCCAUGUGACCAUCCAGAUAGAGAGACAGACAGUAGGUACCUCCAAUGAAUAGUUCUUUCUCAGAUUCCAUUCAACUAUUCCAUCUCGCUUAUCAGCUUGUCGAUUGUGCUUUUCAUUUGACGUCCCAUUACUUAAGAAAGAUGGUUGUGUGCAACAUUGUAGUGUUAGGAAAGAGGUGCCUUGUGAUUCUUGUAUCUGAUACUCUUGGAUUAUGUAGGUUAUGGUAAGCCUGAGCCUAAGUCUCAUUUGGUGU